UAUUUUUAUCCCCCUGUGAGACUGUGACAGUUCCACUGCUAUAAAGUGCUGUGGCCUGUACUCACAGGAAAAGGAAGUACUAAACCUUCAGCUACAUCAUAUUUAGCUGCUAUUCAGUCUGUUACUCAGUCAGCAGCAAGACGACAUGAAGGUGACAUCGCUUUGCAUCAUACUGUUGCUCAAUGUGCUCUUCCUGCUUCGUGCUCAAGGUCAGAACAACGAUGUUAAGAAAGCUGAUGCAGCUUUUAUUAAUGUGGAUCCAAACAGACUGCAGUUCUUUAGAUAUGAAUCCAUCUCACUUAACUGUGUGAGGAUUCACGGCUCAUCUGAAUGGAGAGUGAUGAAAAAGAUUUCCUCAGAUGCUUCUCGAUGGGAAACAUCAACAGGAUCCUUGAAGAUUAAUCCGGCUUUAGAAUCACACAGUGGAGAAUACUUUUGUGAAAAUGGAGAGGGAGAGAGAAGCAACGCUGUCAACAUCUCUGUCACUGCUGGUGAAGUGAUCCUGGAUAUUCCUGCUCUCCCUGUGAUGGAGCAACAGACGGUGACUCUGCGCUGCAGAAAAAAGACAUCUGCCAUCUCUACAGCUGAUUUCUACAAAGAUCGCCGAUUAAUAAAGACAGAAUACACUGGCAACAUGACCAUUCCCAAUGUUUCAUUAUCUUCUGAAGGUCUUUACAGAUGCAGAAUAUCUGGAACUGGACGUUCACCAGAGAGCCGGCUGUCUGUCAAAGGUGAGACAAAAAACUGUCCGACUUACACUGUAUACAUUUUAACAUUUCUGCUAUAAAUGUCUAUUUUACCAUAAGUCAGGAUAUAGUCCUGAUUUUGUCCUGUGGGUGGUGC